GGUUUCAUAUCAUUUUAUGAUUAACAGCAAUGGAGGAAAGUAAUUUAUUAAGGAAAAUGAAACAGUCCAGUGAUCUAAAUUGUUCUAGUGACGAUAAUUCUCUUUCGGAAAACUUAAAAGAAGCAUUAAAAAGUAUUAUACGGCGUGAAGGAUAUGUUACCUAUAAAAUAGAUGUAGCGACCAUUCCACAAAAUGGUGGUAGUUAUUUGUCAACAACUACAGAAAUCGAAGUGAGAGGAAAAACUGCUGAGCGAGAUAAAGAAAUGAAUAUCUUUGUGAAAAAUAUUUUGCCAGGCGACAAUUUGGAUUUUUUUUCAGUGUCUGAUAUACAUUCAAGAGAAUUAUUUGUAUACAAGGAACUAUCAGAGGUUUUUACAAAACUGCAAGAUGAUGCUGGAGUUCCAAUAAAUGAAAGAUAUAGAAUAGUUAAAUGUUACGAAGAAACUAACUCGGAGUUUCUUAUUUUGGAAAAUCUAUCCAAGAAAGGUUUUAUGACGAUCGACAGUAUUGAUCCAAUAUCUUUAAGUUUUGCAAGAUUAUCGAUUCAGCAGCUUGCGAGAUUGCACGCAUUGUCAUUUGUUCUAAAAAAUAAAAGACCACAAUACUUUGAGAAUAAGAUAAAACCUAUUGAAUCUCCAAUAAAAUUUAAUGACGCGUUUAAAGGAUUCGUGACAAAUUUCAGUCGUAUAUCUAUGCAAUCUUUGGACGACGACAUGAAAAAGAAGGUGGAAAAGUUUAUCCCGAAAGUUAUAGAAAAAAUGCCUCAGUAUUUACAAGACAAAUCUAUAGGAUGCUUAUGCCACGGGGAUUUUAAAAGUACAAAUAUUCUGACAAAAAUAACUGACGGUGAAGUAUCUGAGGUUGUUACUGUAGAUUACCAGAUGAUAUACCAUGGAAACCCAUUGAUGGAUAUGAUGUUUUUCAUUUUCACUGGCACAGAUCAACAGUUCAGGAGGAACCAUUUGGAGGAAAUAAAACAAUUGUACCACGACACGUUAAGACAUUUUCUUAAAUAUUUUAAUAUGGAUGUUGAAGAUUAUUUUUCAAAGGCUAAAUACGAAGAGAUGUUUAAAUCUUGCUUGGAGUAUGGUUUUAUGAUAGCGCUGUGUUUUUCACCAUUAAAUUUUGCAGCCAAGGACGAUAUACCAGAUUUUUCGAAGGUUUCUCCAAGCGUCUCUCGAUUUAAUAUUGACGGGAGACUGAAGAAUAGAUUAGAAGGCAUCGUAGAGGAUUUUACACAGUGGGGUUAUCUUUAAGAUGUGUGAUUAUAAUUUUUUUUUUUAUUAGUGUUUAUUAAAAUUGUUGUUUUAGU